AUGUUUCAUAACACAUUUCAAAGUGGAUUACUAUCUGUAUUAUACAGCAUUGGUAGUAAUCCAUUGCAAAUUUGGGAUAAAAAGGUUCGUAAUGGAUACAUAAAGAGGAUUAAAGAUGACGAUAUACAGUCAUCAGUGGUCGAAAUGUUAGGUACGAAUGUGAGCACCACCUACAUUUCAUGUCCAUUGGAUCCGAAACAAACCCUUGGUAUCAAAUUGCCAUUCUUGGUGAUGAUCGUCAAGAACAUGAAAAAAUAUUUCACUUUUGAAGUGCAGGUACUGGAUGACAGAGGUGUAAAGCGUCGUUUUAGAGCAUCUAAUUACCAAUCUAAUACUCGAGUAAAGCCAUUUAUAUGUACAAUGCCGAUGCGCUUGGACGAUGAUUGGAAUCAGAUUCAGUUUAAUUUAGCUGAUUUUACAAAACGUGCUUAUGGUACAUCUUAUGUCGAAACUCUCCGAAUCCAGAAUAAUGAUCUUAUAAAAUGGAUUAUAUUUUAUAUCCAUGCGAAUUGCCGCAUCCGACGAGUUUUUUUUGCGGAUCGUUUGUAUACAGAAGAUGAACUUCCUGCGGAAUUCAAGUUAUAUUUACCUAUAAAGAGUACUGUUCAUGGCACUGAUUCUCUCCCAAUAAGUGAUUAUGAUUCAACAUCUGCAUUGGUAUGUAUACCGACUAAUGUUUUGUUUUUGUGGAUUUGGUUAUUGACUUUAAGUACUAGAUAAUU